AUGUUUGUUUUGACCGAUGAUGAUGACGAUGAUGCAAGAGCGACGGGCCAGUGCACGCACCGCACGCACCGCACCGCACGAAAUGCACGAAUGCACGCACGCAACACAGGCCCCAAAGCCCGCUAG